AUGUUAAAACAAGACAUUUAUUCUAUUUGGUUCUUGAUACUUCUGUAUCUAUUACAAGGUGUUAUUAUAGGUAUUACAAUAAGUAUUCCGUUAAUAUUACAAAGUAAAGGUGCCACAUGGUCACAACAAGCCAUAUUUUCAUUUGCUUAUUGGCCAUUUAGUUUAAAAUUACUAUGGGCACCUAUUAUCGAUUAUGGACGACGAAAAUCUUGGUUAUUACCCAUUCAAUUGUUAAUAGGUACAACAUUGAUAAUUUUAUCAUUUUAUAUUUCACAAUUAUUAAUUGAUCGACAACAUAUUCUAUUAACUGUUAUUUUUCUUUAUUUAUAUUUUUUAACUGCAUCACAAGAUAUUUGUGUUGAUGGAUGGUCAUUAAAAAUGUUAACAAAAGAAAAUGUUGGAUGGUCAUCGACGUGUCAGAUUGUUGGACAAACAAUCGGAUUAUUUAUUGGAAAUGUUGUUUUUCUUACAUUAGAAUCAGAAGAUUUAAGCAAUAAUUACAUAAGAAAAUUAUUUUCAAUUGAAAUGAAAGAUUAUGGCUUUGUAUCAUAUUCAACAUUCAUUUUUAUAUGGGGUAUUAUAUUUAUCGUUAUUACAUUAUCGAUUGUUCUCUUUAAGGAUGAAAUUAUUAAUCAAGAAGAGAAGCGUUUAACUAUUUUUGAAACAUAUGUAGUUACAAUCAAAUUAUUGGAUAAAUCAUGGUUUCGUCAGUUAGCAUUCAUUAGUUUAACAUAUCUAUGGGGAUUUGGUGCAACAUAUUCAAUGACAAAUAUAAAAUUAAUUCAAAAUGGUUUAGAGAAAGAAACAUUUGCUCUAUUAACAGCGCCAUUAAUUAUUAUUAAAAUUUUAGUACCAUUUAGCGUAAGUCAUUUAACAUCCGGUACUCAGCCAUUGAAUGUUCUAAUUAAUUCGUAUAUACCACGUAUGGUUACAAGUAUUCUUGUUGCUAUUAUUGUUUACAUUACACCAUUAUUUCAUAAUUCUUCGUCGAAGUUCUAUUACUAUCUAGCAGUUAUUUUCGUUUUGGGUUUAAAUGAAAUAUUCGUUUCUUCGAUGCGUGUAUCAAAGUUAGCAUUUUAUGCACGUAUUAGUGAUUCAACUAUUGGUGGUACAUACUUGACAUUCUUACAUACUAUCUCAAAUUUAGGUCUACAUUUAACUGAAACAUUAAUUCUCUUUUCAGCAAGUUAUCUAACAUUGAAACCAUGUCCGAGCUGUCAAACUAUCGAUGCUUAUUAUAUCGAAGUAACGUUUUGUUUAUUUAUCGGUAUCCUAUGGUUAAUAUGGAAAUAUCGAACGUUACUUGAUCUACAAAAUCUACCAUUAUCGAAAUGGUAUAUCGAGACAAAAGAUAACAUACAAGAUAGAUCUUUUAAUUAA